AUGGGAUCUACCAGCAAGACCGGAACUCCAUACCCUCCCGGGAUUCACGUUCCCAGUUUGACCUGGUUCAAGUCAGACGAAACCCAAACCAUAGACUGGGACGUUCAACGAAAACAUCUCGAGUUCUUGAUCGGCAGCGGAUUACCUGGCGUUGUUAUCUGCGGCACGAACGGUGAAGCUGCGGCAGUCACACCCCAGGAGAAAUCAAAGCUUAUAAGUCUUACGCGCUUGGUUGCGCAGGAACUCGGACGAGCAGAUAUUACUAUUACCUGCGGCACAUAUGGUGGUUGCACACAGGCGAUUAUUGAGGAUACAAAGCUUGCGGCGGAAGCUGGUGCGGACUUUGUCCUUGUUUUGGUGCCUUCAUUCUUUCAUUUCGCGCUUGAUCAGGAUGCUAUUGUUGGUUUCUACCAAGAGGUUGCCUCCGCUUCACCGAUCCCUAUUGUCAUCUACAACUUUCCCGGGGUCGUGAGCGGGUUGAAUGUGAACUCGGAGAUGUUGCAAGUCCUCGGUGACCACUCUAACAUCGUGGCCGUUAAGCUUACCUGUGGUACUAUCGCAUCUGUGGCGAGGACGGUUGCCAACUUCGGGCCGGGUUUGGACUUGAAAAAUAAUAAAUACGCUGGACAACCUCGAUUUGUCGCUCUUGCUGGCCAGAGUGACUGGUUGGUCCCUUGUUUGAGUGUUGGAGGUACCGGUUGUGUGACUGGUAUGGCGAAUUUGUAUCCUAAGACAUGUAUCGAAAUCUUCAACCUCUAUGUCGCCGGUAAGAAAACCGAAGCCGAGGAACUCCAGAUCAAGCUUGCCAGCGUCGAGUGGGGCUUUGGAAAGGGAGGGAUCAAUGGCACAAAGUGGGUUGUUGGUAAAUUUCUGGGAUAUCCAGAGGAAAGCACUUGGUGUCGACGACCGUAUCCCAAAUUCUUGGAUAACGGAAAGAGGGAAUGGAUUGAGACUAUUGUGAAACCACUUCAGGAGAUCGAGACUGCUCUUGACAAGAGAGGCUGA